UUAUACAGUUGCCGUUGCCCGUUGUAGAGCUUUAACGUAAGUUAGUGGAAGCAUUUAGGAGAUAAAUAAUUUGGGUUGCAAUCAAAUCUGUAAAUUGAUCAAAUUGUUGAACAUAAUUAUUUCGAAUCUAUUUUUAAACUAGGUUUUGAAUACCAAAAAUGUUUUCCGUGCCCCGAAACUUGUCCAAUGUGGCUAGGUCGUUUGUUCGAUCCAAACAUACUUUACCAUCUUUGUCAUAUGAUUAUGGAGCUCUCGAGCCAAUUAUCAGUAAGGAAAUAAUGGAAAUUCAUCACACAAAACAUCACCAGACGUAUGUAAAUAACCUAAAUACUGCCGAAGCACAACUUGCAGAGGCUCAGUCCAAGAAGGAUGUCUCCAAAAUAAUAUCCUUGGGUGGUGCCCUGCGUUUCAACGGCGGUGGUCACAUUAACCAUUCAAUUUUCUGGCAAAACCUUACUCCAGACUGCACCGAUCCAUCGACUGAGCUUAAAGCUGCUUUGGAACAACAGUUUGGAAGUGUUGAGAACUUCAAAAAAGAAUUGACUACUUUAACUGUUGCCAUUCAAGGAUCAGGCUGGGGAUGGUUAGGCUAUAACAAAAAGACUGGAAAGCUUCAACUUGCUGCUUUGCCAAACCAAGAUCCCCUCGAAGCUAGUACAGGGCUUAUACCACUGUUUGGCAUUGAUGUUUGGGAGCAUGCCUACUAUCUGCAAUAUAAAAACGUACGACCAUCUUAUGUGGAGGCAAUAUUCGAAAUUGCCAAUUGGACAGAUAUAUCGAAAAGGUAUUCUGCUGCAAAGUAGAAACAUUGCUUAGACUGCACCCAACGCUUACAACUAUUAUUUGAUUUGAUGUGACAUCAUUUCGAAAGUUGCAAUAUAAAAUUAAAUUCUUAAUUAUCUAUCACUUA